GCAUUUUUUUUGCCCUUUUUUUUGUUUUUUUUUUUUUUAAGGCUUCAGUUUCCCAGAUCACUCUCCCCCAGUCUCGAGAUAAAGUAUACGUAUAUUUAAAUUGUUUAUUUAACAAACAUAUAAUGUAAAAAGACUUAAAAGGCUCAAAAAGCAGCAUAUUACGUAUACAGACACCCACCACUACCACCCACCGUCUCUUUUAUUCUCCAUCUUUUUCGUCUGCUAGAAAUCUCUAUCUCUCUACAUACCCAUCUUUCUUCUUCUCUGAAGAGCCUUUCUUGAUUUGGUGGAGUUUCAAGCAAAUCUUUCAUAAGGAAUAUAUAUUUUUUAUUUUUAGUUCUCAAUUGUUUUUACUAUAGCAUCUUGCAUCAAUCAUGGCUGCUUUAGCGUAUAUAGUGUUUCUCUUAGCCCUCGCUGGCCGGUCAAGUGCUACAUAUUGUGUAUGUAAAGAUGGAGGAACUGAUCAAACCCUUCAGAAGGCGCUGGAUUAUGCUUGUGGAGCUGGAGCUGAUUGUUCACCGAUCCUUCAAAAUGGUGUUUGUUACAAUCCAAAUACUGUAAAAGCCCACUGUGAUUAUGCUGUUAACAGCUAUUUCCAGAAAAAGAAUCAAGCUACUGGGUCCUGUGAUUUUUCAGGCAUUGCCACACAGACUAACACUGCUCCGUCUGGCCAAACUACAACUUGUGUAUACCCUGCAGGUCCCAGCCAAGCUGGAGGUAGUACCAAUACAACAACACCUCCAACAACGCCAAGCACAACACCAACAACGCCAAGCACAACACCAACAACAACUCCUAGCACUACACCAACAACAACACCAAGCACAGGCACAGGCACAGGCACAGGCACUACUACCACAACCAGUCCUACUACCUUUGGUAUUAGCCCAGCCGGAACAACCAGCAUCAAUGACUCAAGUGCUGAGGCAAUUCAAGGCAAUAAAUUGCUUUUUUCUUUAUUCCUCAUGUUCUUCUGGUUUUCAAGCUUUUUGAUGUGGGGAUGAAUAUAGACACAGUAUGUUUAAAAAGAGGUAUAUGUUGGGGGAAGAAGUGGGGGAGAGGUUUGAUGUGUGGAUAACAUUUUAGCCACGGUCAGGAGCACUAUGGAUGGGUAGAGAAACAUCUAGACGCAAACCCCAGUAGGGUUUUUUUUUUUUUUUUGGGUUGUGGUUGGGUUUUUCUCCACCCCCCUAUGAGAAAAGCUGAGGAAUUUGAUUCCUUUUGUGAAUGGUGAUAUGACAGCUAAUGGGGGGCUGUAGAACCUGAUCUUGUUUUUAGAUUUUUAUUUUUAUUUUUUUGGUCCUUUUUGUAUAUCUAAGAGCUGUAUUUUUUUAAUUUCAUGGAAAAACUCUGCUCCCCCAUCUUCUCUA